UAGUUUGAAUUUGGAUUGGUUCUCUCCACUGUCAAGCGUGCACACCCCCCUUGGCGAUCCAGAUCAGUGAUUCCUCCUCCUCCUGCUGUAGCUACCAAUGCAAGGCGCGUACCAUAUGUCAAAAUAAUCACGAAUACAUAAGGCCUACCACUACUAGCUAUGCUGAGAGCAGGAAACGUUUUAGCGGCCUUCGCAUCAAAACAACUGCUUAAGUCGAGGAGCACGGCUCCCCGGCACCGCGGUUCAAACUCCAGACUCUUCAGGACAGCGAUUUCUUUACACAGAGAUCAGCUGCACCCACAAUGGGCUGCCUUAGCAAAGAAACAGCUCAAAGGGAAAAACCCCGAAGACCUGGUCUGGCACACUCCAGAAGGGAUCAGUGUGAAGCCAGUGUACACACGGGGGGACACGGAAAAUAUCCCAGAUGAACUUCCCGGAGUAAACCCUUACACCCGAGGCCCCUACCCGACCAUGUAUACCAACAGACCGUGGACCAUUCGGCAAUACGCUGGCUUCAGCACCGUGGAGGAGAGCAAUAAAUUCUACAGGGACAACAUCAAAGCUGGUCAACAAGGACUUUCAGUAGCUUUUGACUUGCCAACCCACCGAGGCUAUGAUUCUGACAACCCCCGAGUUCAUGGGGAUGUUGGUAUGGCUGGUGUUGCCAUAGACACAGUGGAAGACACCAAAAUGCUCUUUGAUGGGAUCCCCUUGGAGAAGAUGUCUGUUUCCAUGACAAUGAAUGGAGCUGUGAUUCCGAUCUUGGCCAUGUUCAUCGUGACAGGCGAGGAGCAGGGCGUGCCGCUAGAGAAACUCACAGGAACCAUUCAGAAUGAUAUUCUGAAGGAGUUCAUGGUCAGAAACACCUACAUCUUCCCUCCAGAGCCUUCUAUGCAAGCCAUAGCUGAUAUCUUUGCCUACACAUCCAAGCACAUGCCCAAAUUCAACUCGAUUUCUAUCAGUGGAUACCACUUGCAGGAAGCUGGAGCAGACGCUAUCCUUGAAUUGGCUUACACCAUUGCCAAUGGUUUGGAAUAUUGCAGAACUGGACUCAGAGCUGGCCUGACCAUUGAUGAGUUUGCCCCACGAUUAUCUUUCUUCUGGGGCAUUGGCAUGAACUUCUAUAUGGAAAUUGCUAAAAUGAGAGCAGGGAGGCGACUUUGGGCACAUUUAAUAAGCGAGAUGUUCAAGCCCAACAGCCCAAAAUCCCUACUCCUGAGAGCUCACUGUCAGACGUCGGGAUGGUCACUCACUGAACAGGAUCCUUAUAACAAUAUUGUCCGCACUGUGAUUGAAGCAAUGGCAGCAGUAUUUGGAGGCACUCAGUCCCUGCACACCAAUUCGUUCGACGAGGCGCUGGGGUUGCCAACAGUCAAGAGUGCCCGUAUUGCCAGAAACACCCAGAUUAUAAUCCAGGAGGAAUCGGGUAUUCCUAAAGUAGCAGACCCAUGGGGAGGCUCGUACAUGAUGGAGUCUCUUACUAAUGAUGUCUAUGAUGCUGCUUUAAAGUUUAUAAAUGAGAUUGAAGAAGUGGGGGGCAUGGCAAAGGCCGUGGCAGAAGGAAUCCCCAAACUGCGGAUUGAAGAGUGUGCUGCUCGCAGACAGGCUCGCAUUGAUUCAGGUGCUGAGGUCAUUGUAGGCGUUAAUAAGUACCGUCUGGAGCAAGAAGAAACAGUUGAGGUGUUGGCGAUUGAUAACACUGCAGUGCGCAACAAACAAAUUCAGAAGCUCAAGAAGGUGAGAGCGAGCAGAAACCAGGCAGUUGCAGAGAAGUGCCUUGCUGCCAUUACCCAUUGUGCUCGGACAGGAGAAGGCAACCUGCUGGCUCUCGCAGUUGAAGCAGCGCGGGAAAGAUGCACUGUUGGAGAAAUCACAGAUGCAAUGAAGAAAGUGUUUGGUGAACACAAAGCCAGUACCCGGAUGGUGAGUGGGGCUUACCGGAAUGAAUUUGGGGAGAGUCAAGAAAUUGCCAAAGCAAAUGAUAGGAUUGUGCAGUUUUCUAAACGAGAGGGGCGCAAUCCUCGUCUACUGGUGGCUAAAAUGGGACAGGAUGGGCACGACCGAGGUGCCAAAGUGAUCGCUACAGGUUUUGCUGACUUGGGUUUCGAUGUUGAUAUUGGACCACUAUUCCAGACUCCUUUGGAAGUAGCCCAGCAAGCAGUAGAUGCUGAUGUGCACUGUGUUGGUGUGAGCACCCUGGCAGCUGGCCACAAAACCCUGGUUCCUGAGCUCCUCAAAGAACUAAAAGCUCUUAAACGGCCAGAUAUCCUUGUGAUCUGUGGAGGAGUCAUCCCUCCCCAGGACUAUGAGUUCCUGUUCGAGGUGGGCGUUUCUAGCAUCUUUGGUCCAGGGACACGAAUUCCACAAGCUGCCAUCCAGGUCCUUGACAAUAUUGAGGAAAGUUUGGAGAAGAGACAACAAUCCAUGUAGAACGAAACUUUACAGAUAAAAUAAUGAGUCCAUCAUGUUUUAAGACACAUACAAUAGGUCAAUUUGAAGCAUCUGAUGCCUAAUAGUUGGAGUUUUGUUGUGUUCUUUGUACUUUUGAGCAAGCUGAGCAUUCUUAAUAAUGUAACAGUCGGUUAGUGCUGAAUUUAGAAGUACUUAAAAAAAUGAACAUUUAUCAGCAAACCAUUCCUCUAGUCGGAAAAUUUGUCAUAAAAUGUUAGUUUAUUUUACUAUUUCUAAAUACUAAACAUUCAUAAUCUGGGUGAAGAAAAAAGAUGUAUGUAGGGUGCUCAAAUUGACAAAAAUGCUGUAAAUCAAAGCAUUUGGAUUACGUUGAAAUUAAUUUAGAAUAUUUUAUCUUUGUUUGCUUGUUCAUUGUUUUUUAAUUGACAUUUAAAUUUAAAAAAAAAGAUGAAUGUGCUUUAGUUGAUCUGCUCUUUGUAUUAUGUUGUUUUGCUGAUUUCUCGGAAAAUUUGCUACAGGCACAGAACAAGAAUUGGAGGACAAACACUACAAUAAAAAUUU